GCCAAUCCCUCUUGCCGUGUAGCCACAUAUGGGGGAAACACAGCGCUGAUACAUCUAAAAUGUCUCCGAUAAAGGACCUGCAUCUCGUCUAUGAAUAUCUAAAUGAAGAUGGGACAUUUUCUGAAGGAGAUGCUAUCACAGGCACAGUCAGUUUUACUCUGACAGAAGCGACCAAAGUGAAGGGGCUGAUGGUGAAAGCAAAAGGAGAUAUGAAUGUGCACUGGACACGUGGCUCUGGGGAUAGCAAGAAAUCGUACAGUGCUCACGAGAGAUACUUCAAAGUCAAAGAGUACCUGAUUGGAGAAACUGGCACUGAUCUCCCCAAAGGAGACCAUCGCUUUUCGUUCCGUCUUCAGAUCCCACAGGGGGACAUGCCGUCAUCCUUCAAGGGGAUUCAUGGUAAAAUUGUCUAUAUCCUUGAAGCAAAGAUGUCCAGGAGCUGGCGGUGGCCCACUACAGUAAAAGAAGAGCUCAAAUUUGUUUCAAAAAACCUUCCGCAUCUUGGCCAGUGUCCCCAGUCUGGUUCAGUGGCUAAAGAGACGGGGGUUUUCUCCAAAAGAUUGGUCCAAAUGUCUGCUACUGUUGACAGGAAGUUCUGCUCUCCAGGUGACACAAUAUCUAUUGUUGCCCAAAUCAGCAACUCCUCUUCCAAAGAAAUGAAGCCCAAAUUCAGUUUACAUCAGAAGGUAGUGUACCAUGCCAGUGGCUCCACUGAAACCGAUGACCAAUGUCUGUGCAAAAUAAUCGGAGAGGUUAUCACAGAGAAGUCAGAGAGAACUGUGACCUGCCAAAUGGAGAUUCCUCCUGAUGUCCUCUACGCUCUCUAUAACUGUGAACAUAUCUCAGUUGAACAUUACCUCAAGGUGUAUUUGGACAUCAGUUUUGCCUCUGACCCAGAGGUGGUGUUUCCACUGGGCAUCGUUCCUUCUAGCAUGGCCGCCCUUCAGCCUGAUGAGGCUGCGGGGCCAGCAUGGGGUGCUGGAGCCCCAAGUUACAGCUACUUCCCUCCCCCUGCCGUCCCUAUGUGACCUUGUCCUAUAUCCCCUGGCUCAGGAGCUUAUGGAUACCCGGCACCAGAUCCCACUCAACAUGCAAGAGCUAGAUAGUUAAGUAGAGCAUUGUAUCAGAUUCAGAAUCAGAAUCAGAAAUACUUUAUUGAUCCCCGAGGAAAAAUUAUUUAUGUUACAGGUGCUCCUUGCAAGAGAGGAAAGAUACGUGGAAAUAUAAGAAAUUUAAACAAUAGUAUUUACAAAUAUAUAGUUAAAUAAACAGGAAUUAUUAACAAACAUAAACGUAAAUAAAUACAGUCACGGUGGGAAAUUUUACUGUUAAAGCAGCUCAGAGUGUUGCAACAAAAUAUAGCCUACAAUAUUUACCAACAAUAUACAAUACUUGUAAUACUUCUGUAGUUAUAAGCGACUGUAAUAAUCAGUGUCCACAACAGGCUGCUCCAUAUACUUUCUCAACUGCAGCUUCUUCUUCAUCAAGCCCCUACUGCUCCACCUCUGCUUUAACAAAAGUAUUAACAAAUGUGAAACUGUGUUCUGUGUUUGUACUAAUGUUUAUAACUUUUUAACAGUUAUGCUAUAGAUGAAAAAUGACAUGUUUGUGCCCCUUAUUCAUUUCACUGUAGGGUGGAAAAUUGUUAGGUUUAGUUUAAUGAAAUUAUGUUUUCAUUUGGUUCCUUAUUUUCAUUAAAGAUGUUUGCUCAUUCAUGGCAAUGCCCUUAAACUCAGCUUUUCCUCUAUAUCAGGGGUGUCAAACUAGUUUGAGUUUGAUCUCAAGUGGGUCAGACCAUUGACACCAUCGCAUAUUAACCCAUGAAUAACAAACCCUUCAAAUGUUUCCCUUUUCAGUGUAAAGAUUCUGAAAGUGUUCAUCCAUUUACAAAAGAAAUAAUGAACAGUCUGCAAUAUCCUCCAGAAAUUAUGUGCAAAUUCAACAGUAUGUCUCAGAUUUUCCACAUUCACUCAGUCUUCUACUCACUUUCAUUACAUGUGCAUCUUUUUCAGAAUUUCCCACUUAAUUGGAAGCUGUUGAAGAAGCAGGUUAAGUCUUCCCCUGCCUUACAAACCAUUUACAAUCUGAAGUUUUGUCAGUGCCUCAGCAGCAGGGCUCCACCCCUAUUGUUUUAAGAUAGAGGUCUGAUACAGAUUCUUUUGUACUUAUGCUGCUGGUUGAUAAUAUUUUGCACAAUGUUCAAUAUCUUAAAAUAUGACCACAGUAAGUAUUCAUUGUUAUUUCAGAGAUCUGUGUUCUGGUCGGGAUGGAAAAGCCUCUGAGGCAGCAUUUUACAUGAAGUAUCUACUCAUUAUUUAGCUGUUCCUGAAACCUUGUAGGCCCUGAUCACACAGGACGUGUUUGCAGGCUGCAAAACAUAUAUUUGAGGACGACUCGGGUCAGGGGCAGUUUGACAACCUGCUGUCUAUCGUCAGGCUGUAUAGCUCUGUGUAUCCAGCAACCGCUACCACCAGUUUCUCCUCCAUUUUUUAACAGCUUUAAAAUUGUUGUCAUGACAACCACAGAAGGCCUGCCUCUGGAAUCAUCAGAUUGGACAAUGGGGAAAAGGUGGAGAUGACAUGGGGCGUUUUCUGCUCUGAAUUGAAGUUUUUUCAGUUCUAGUUCAUUCUCAUUCAAAUCAAUUACAAAAUGGCGCCCCCAACUGCUCAAAUGUGUCCUGUGUGUUUAGGGCCUAAGCCUUCUCAUGUGCUUCAACAUCAGGUGUGCACAGUCAUCUAGAGGGCCCCCGGCCCAUAUGUUUGACACUCCUGCUCUAUAUGCAAGCUUUAAAUUGAUCAAGGUGCAAACCAAGGAGUAUGGCUUUUGGUGCUUUACAGAGAAGUUACUGUAAGAGUUGCAUGCAGCAAGGGAACUGUGUUUAAUAUUGAAAUAAAACUGAAUGCUGUUUGAAGAUAAAGUUUGAAUAAUGAAGUCCACUGAAUGUUUAUUUUGAUCCAGGCCUUUCACAUGUUUUGUGGUGCAUCAUGACAGAGAAAAACAUCACGUGACCACGCAGGCCCCAAAAGCUGUCCCAUUCCUCACAGUAACGAGCGGACAGUCCUAUUCAGCUCGGAGCACUGUUUUCUCCUUAUAACAGAUUUAUGCUCUUUAAAUCUAAUUGGUAGUCCAUGGAGUUGUAGCACACACUGGUUGUAAACACAUUUUCUUGCCUGCCACAGUGUGUCUGAGGUGUCUUGGAAAACAGAGUAAUAAAAGACGGUAUGCAAAACAGUAAACAAACGAACACUGGUGUAGAAGUAGUGAUGGGAAACAACCAGAGUUAUCCAUUAUAUUAACAAACUGGUUUGAAGCCACACUUUGGGGAUUAUGCAUACCCCCC